CGUUCGACAAAUUUAAACAAUGCGUCAUUAAAUUGCGGUUAAAAGCAACGAGUGAUUGUGAUUCUUAUCAAAAAAUUGUGUAUCCUGUGUGUAACUGGUCUUCAAUUAUUUCUUGCGGUGAAUAAAAUAUCCAUAUCUAUAAGUGAUUAAAUUGUAUCAAAUACUUAAGUUUUUUUGGUUCCAAAAUGACUGACGGAGAGUACAUUCUUCCUAGGGUCCAAAACUCCCAUAACGGAACUAAUCAUGUAUCCAUAAUCGACAUGGAAACUGCGACAGCUGUAGAAAAACGCUCAGCCUCGGAAACUGUAGCUGUUGCCAGGAAGGCUUUCAACUCUGGCAAAACCGUACCGUACGAAUUCCGAUUGCAACAAUUGAAAAAUUUGAAACGAUUCAUGGAGGAAAAUGGAAAGGAGAUUUGCAAUACUUUAUAUGCUGAUUUCAGGAAGCCUCAACAAGAAUGCUAUGUUCUGGAAAUCGACUUUAUGAUAGCAAAAGCGGACCACAUCAUCAAAAACCUAAAGUCCUGGAUGAAACCGGAAAAACCAGACAAGCCUUUGAUAAACUUCUUUGACAACCUCAGAAUUUAUUCGGAUCCUUUGGGCGUGGUCCUAGUUUUGGGCGCCUGGAAUUAUCCACUGAAUUUGACAUUGGGACCCGUUUUGGGUGCCAUUGCAGCUGGAAAUUGUUGCAUCAUCAAACCGUCUGACGUGUCUGUGCACACUUCGCAGUUUUUCUUCGACAAUUUACCAAGAUAUAUUGAUAAGGAAUGUUAUCCAGUGGUUUUAGGAGGCAUUCCAGAGACGACGGAUCUAUUGAAAGAACGGUUUGAUUAUAUAUUCUACACAGGUUCCACUCAAGUUGGUAAAAUAGUCCACAAAGCUGCAGCAAAACAUCUGACACCAUGCACAUUAGAAUUGGGUGGCAAAAGUCCAACUUUCAUCGAUUCGACCGCUGAUAUUGCGAUGGCAACAAAAAGGAUUCUCUGGGGUAAAUUCUCGAAUUGUGGCCAAACUUGCGUGGCUCCAGAUUAUUUGCUUUGUACGCAAGAAGUGCAGGAAAAGUUCCUACAACACGCCGAAAAAUAUAUUAAGGAGGCUUUUGGUUCAAACAUUAAACAAUCUAAAGAUCUGGCUAGGAUUAUAAACGAAAGGAGUUUUAUUAGGAUCUGUAACCUUUUGAGAAAUCAGAAAAUUGCCUUCGGCGGAAACGUGGAUGCUCAAGAGCUGUACAUUUCACCUACGAUUCUUGUAGACGUGAAACCUGACGAUGAUAUUAUGAAAGAAGAAAUUUUCGGGCCGGUAUUGCCAAUUGUUAUCGUGAAAGAUGCUCAAGAAGCGGUUAAUUUGAUAAACUCAAAAGAAAAACCUUUGGCGAUGUACGUUUUCACUAAAAACCAAAAAAUCAAAGAUUUGUUUUUGACUAAAACCAGCAGCGGAGGGGUUUGCAUCAACGAUACAAUGAUGCAUUUAGCGGUGGAAUAUUUGCCUUUUGGAGGUGUUGGAAACAGUGGCAUGGGGUCGUACCAUGGCAAAAAAACCUUUGACACUUUUGUUCAUAAAAAAAGUGUUUUGUUGAGAACUUUCAAUCCGAUCAACGAAAAGACACAAGAAAUGAGAUAUCCGCCUUAUUCGGAAAAACACACCAAACUACUGAGGAUGGCUUUCAAUAUCUUCAAUAGGCAUGUUAGUGUUAAGAGGUUUUUGACGUAUUCGUUGGUGUUUGGGUUGGGGGUUGCAGUCACAGUGGGUGGCUUUUUCGUUAAGAAGCACUUUGAUGAUAAAAAAUAAGUAGAUUUGAGUAUAAAUUUAGAUUUGUGUUUAAGUAUAACUAUUAGAAAAAUUUAUGUGACAUAGAAAUUUUAGCAAUGUGAGAUUAUUGGUUGUGAUUUAUUUAUUAUCGUUUAGCGAACAAGUUGAAAAUAAAUUUUAAAAAUGUGCACUUA